AUGCACUAUAGAGACCCAACGUCUGAUGGCGACGGAACAGCUUUAGUGUUGUUAUGCACAGUUCUCUUCCAAGAGCGUGCGGGUACAGCACUCACCUGCAAGAUCAACAACGCGUGGGAGAAGAGGAUCAUGGACACCAUCAGGGGAGUAGACGGCUGGACGCGGUAUAGAGUUGCCAGGGCCGCAUUGAGAUACGGCCACCAUAACUUAGCAGCAGAUAUCUUGAAACGAUUAUCAGAAGAAGCACCUAGUGAAUCUGCUCAAAGAUGGCUUACUGCUUUACAUCGGGCAGCGGCCGCUGACGCUACACUAAUAAAAGAAGUACGCCUUGCCUUAUAUACGACACCAAUAAUUCGUUCCGCCGUUGAUAACAACACUAAUAAGAAGGCUAGGCACUCUCCGGUUCUCAUUGAAAAGUCAGAUCAAAAUCCGAUAACUCAGAUUGCAGGGCUUCAGAAGUCACGUCAACCCCAACCCAAUCUAGUUCAUAAAAUUAAAAAAAAUCCCGAAUCUGAGCUUUAA